AAAGCACAGCCUCUUUCUUUAACUCUAGUCACAUGGUAAAAUCUUCAGUUGCAGUCUGAAGUGAACCAACAAAAAUCUUAAAUAGUGGGUGUAACAGUGACAAUUCAACAAUAGGAACAGGAUGGAAGGAAAAUCCAGGGGUAGCAUUGUGCCAGCUACAAGUAAGCACUGUAAGUAAGAAGCUGCUGUUUAUGUGCCAGCCCUCCAAAUCCUGGCAACUCUUUGCUCUCCUGAUUGCCGUUAACUUUUUCUUCUUUUUCCCUCCUCAGCACACUGGGAGGCUCAUGAAUCUGUGUGGCUGCACAGAGUGCAGGAUCUGACAUGUAAUAUAAAAUCCAGCAGCUCGAGGAGAAUCCAAAGACUUUUUUUUUAAAAAAAGCACUGUCAGCCUUGAAACGUGAAAGCUAAGAAACUAAUAAAAAAUAAAUAAAUUGGUAGGGUGGGCUAUAACAAAAAUAGAGAAAGGUCUGUGUAGAGCUGCUGCAUAUCCCUUAACCAUUCUUUAGGCCACACACACUUUCUUUCAUACAUUUGUGUCCAAAAAUGUUCAACAAGAUGCCUGACUUUUUAACCCGAGGAAAUGGGCGAAUAGGGGGAAAGGAAUCAUAAACUUUGUGUUUUGCAAUCUAAGGUAAAACUCAGUUUCUGCAAACAAAAUGUUUCCUUAGUCUGAAAUAGCCAUUGAUGUGCGUACAAAGGAAUCUUACUCCCGUUCAAAAUAUGUUUAGGAUGUUAUUCUGUGUUUAGCUUAUUUGGGAGCAAGUCCCAUUGAACUCAGCUGGGACUUACCUUAAAGGGACAUCUCUGAAUAGGCAUGUACAGGAUUGUACUAUAUGCGAAGCUAAACUAAAACAAGUCCCAUAGUCUAGAGUCGAGAAUGUUUUGAUAAAAAGUUAUAAAACAACCCAGCAUGGGGUGCCUUGUACAUUAUGCUGUUCUCUGAACAACUUAAAGCUGCCUUUUAAAAUCAGCACAUACCUUUGAGUUGCGCAUGAAUAAGCAUUAACAAUUGUGUGAAUACAACAUUGGUCCAUCUCCUCAAAUAACAGAAGGCCUUUGGUACAAGGAGGGAAUAGCAACACUUGAAGGGAAGGAAUUAAUAAUUGUUAACUUAUUCAAAUUUCACAUGACUGCAGCAUACAAAGAGAACACAAUUUUAUAGCAUGUUUCAAUAAUUUAUAACUCCUUGACAAGGGCUUGAGAAAGGACUGCUAUGUAAAUACAAAUCACAGGCAUGGUUUUCUAUUAAUGGCUUCUUUUUAAAAUGGAUGUUCUUUCAGGUUUACUAUGUAAUUUUUAACUUGUUUUGGAAAAAGGUUACAGAUGGCAAGGUUACUGGGAUCCCUUCGUCUUCAAAAAUGGUUGCUGGAAGUAGCUAAAGUAUUUUGUUUCCAAACAUCUAAAACAGUGUAUUUAUGGAAUGUUUAUUGUAAGUAUAUCUGCUAUUAUAUAAUAUCUUACAGUUAUUUAACCCUGCCACAACUCUAAAGAACAGCUUUAUUUAAGACCUUAAUUCAAAUACAUGUAUACACAUGCACUGCAUUGCAUGCAUAGCCCAAGAUUAUAACUGGCCAUCCCCUUGUGUCAUUGCAAUGUAAACAGAGUAGCAUGACUGGGAGUCGUGCUAUGUCUGCGUGUUCUUUACGAUGUAGCUAUACAUUAAAUCAUGGCAUCCAGGAAGGCAAAAUGGCUUGGUGACAGGGAUGAAGACUUACUUAAUCACUGUUAAGGAGAAAAGUGAUCGAAAUAGACAUUAGGCUUGGAGUAAGCACCAUUGGAACUCCUUAGGGCUUAACAUCUGAAUGUAUAGGAUCACAAAGUUAAUCCUACCUAUAUUUUGGGGAUGAUUUGGCUGAAUCUUCACUAUUUGCCUAAGGGCCUUUUACAGAGUGAGCAACUCUUGGUGUGGAUCAAGGCCUGUAGGAAAUGAAAAGAAAGUUGCUAUCUUUUGUUGGGAUCUUGAAAAGUCUAAAGCUAACUCAGUCUGAAUUCUGCUGAUCUGUAACAUAUCAAAAACCACAGAGCUUAGAGCUUGCCGAUCAGAAGGUCGGCAGUCCGAAUCCCCAUGACAGGGUGAGCUCCCGUUGCUUGGUCCCUGCUCCUGUCAACCUAGCAGUUCGAAAGCACGUCAAAGUGCAAGUAGAGAAAUAGAUACCGCUCCGGCGGGAAGGUAAACGGCAUUUCUGUGUGCUCCUCUGUUUUGCCAGAAGCGGCUUUGUCAUGCUGGCCACAUGACCUGGAAGCUGUACGCCGGCUCCCUCGGCCAAUAAUGCGAGAUGAGCGCUGCAACCCCAGAGUCUGUCACGACUGGACCUAAUGCUCAGGGGUCCCUUUACCUUUUUUCUUUCCUAUUAUAAAGAUGAAGCUUAUUUGCCCAAGAUUAGGAAAAAAAAUGUUCAAUACCUUUUUUGAUACUAAAACUGCAAUUCUAUACUCACCUGAGAGUUAGUUUCUACUGAGCUAAGGCUUCUGAGUGGACUCACUGUAAGUUCCUCCUUAUUGUGUGCUCAAGGCUAGUUGAGCAUUAUCAUGUAGCAACUGCUUUAAAAUGCCCAGACAGUCCAAACAAAUUCCUCCCUUGAGUAGGAAAGUGCAAGUGAUGAAUGAUAGAAGUACAGGAUUUCUGUGCAAAAUUUCUAUAGCUCUAGCAAUUUUAAUGAAUACCACUAGUGAUAAAAUAUGCCAUCACUUACUUACGCUUUCCUGAAAGGAGCAAUUAAUGAGGAAAAUGACAAUUAGCAAUUUUUAAACUUCCAAGAAUGCAUCUACAGCAGAACUAACAAUCCUUCCCCAAAGCAAGAGUUCUAGUUUUUACUCUGCUUGAUGAAGAUUUUAAAACCUAAAGAGACAUAAGUAGAACAGCCUUCCACUUGAGUUUUUCAGCAUUCAAAUUUUAAAGCUAUUAAUUUUAAAUCUGCAGAGAACUUGCUACAUAUGCCCCCAACUACUGGAUAAUACACAGAGCAGGGUCAUUUCUGCAGUGAUAUUGGAGUUGUGGGACUUUUCUUGGGGAAAUUACCUUGCUCCUUCCCUCUUGGUUUUAAAUAUUUGCCCAGCCAAAGUGUCCACUUUCUAGAGGAUUUCUGAUUGGCUCUGCUGAGUGCUUUUGGUUUUAUUUCUGCUGCUCUGUUUAAUGUUGCUUAUUCAUGGGGCAGAGGUCGUUCGUGUUGCAUCCAGGGGCACAAUGGUGCCCCUGAAGCCUUUGCCUACGGUAGUGCCCACAAAGCCUCUGAAUGCUUCCCUGAACUGCCACCUUGGUCAUGAUGGGGUAAUGGUAGUUUACUCCCCCCCCCCCCCGGACAUACAGCUGAAAGAGGAAGUUGGAAGAAUGGCACUCUUAUUUCCUGUUUCAUUUCCAUGUGUUUUUCUAGGUUCAGGUUAAUUCUACCUAGAUCCCUUGGAAGUAAGAUGUGCAUGCACUUCAUUUCUUUGGAUUGGAGGGGAGAAGUGACUAGGGUGGUAGCACCCAUGGCACUUGCUCAAACAUCCAAAUGUGCCCACAGACCUAAAAUGUGAAAGGGAGGUUACAAAUAUUUUAGUGUGUGUGUGUGUGUGUUUGUGUGUGUGUGUGUGUGUGUGUUGUGUACACCCCCACCCCCACACCACUAGCUUAAAUUGUUUUCAGACUUUAUUCUCAGUAUUGGUUCUUCUUCACUGAGGCUGCUGUCAAAGAAUAUGGUAUAAAUAAAUGCUAUGCUGCUCAUGCUCUAGUGCUUGGAACACCUGUUUUAAAACUUCAGUUAAGACUUGCAGUCUUUCUUCACGCUAAGAACGGGAUUUUGUGGCCAUGACCUAUAUUCUUGGUCAGAAUCAAUGACAUCAGCCAAAGUGAGGGUAGAGAAUAGGGAGCUUUAAGGUUCAAGACCUCUCCCCUUUGUAUAACUGCACUUUGAAAUGUUGUUGAAGUCAAAACAUUUAUGUUUUAAUACAGUGAAAUAGACUUGUCUAGGUCUUAUUCCUUCCGUAUUAUUUUUGCUCUCAAGUUAAUCCCAUACAAAUCUGAAAGGCAACAUAUUCAGUGCAUAUCAUUGAGUGCACAAAAGCAAGCACAUCUUUCUUUGUGCUACACAUGUGUGGGAAGGCGAGAGAGAGACCAGAUCUUAAUGUACCUGAAACCCUAGAUUAUUCCCCCCAGUCUUUUUAAUGGCUCUCAUCCUAUGUUCACUUUUAAAUUCAUUUGAGAUUUUCUUCCAAGUAAAUGUGUAUAAUAUGGUAGUCCAGGUUUUGUUUUCACUGCGGAAACUUGGUGUUGCUGUGUUUCUUUUAAAAUGGAUGAGUAGAGUGUGAAGAAAACUAACAUGAUUAAAACUGGAUUUGAGCACUGACAGAGUUCCUGUAGGUAUUAAGGAUUAGCAGCAACAGCUGUUGCUCUUCUCAUUAGUAGAGAGAGUAAAGAACUUUUUCCCUUAAAGGAUGUUUGCCUGGCAGGCUGAAGGAGAAAAUUGCUGAGUAUCUGAAGGAACAUGUCUCCCAAGGUAGAGGAAGAGAUGAAAGUUCAGGCACUUUUUGUUGUGUGGGCAUUGACAACCCUGUGCUUAGUUUCAUACACCGCAGCAUUCUCUCAUGGGGCCAGUCUUUCGGCAUGUACUGAUAUGAGGCCCAAACAUAUCAGAGCUCACCUUCAGAACCCGCAGAAUAACUAUAUUACCAUCCAUACCAAUAUAUCCUUUUUUCCAGGUGACAAGGUUCCAGUCACCGUCAGGAGCACGCGUGAUUUCAUGGGCUUUAUGCUUCAAGCUCGCAGAGUAUCAAACGAUCAAAUUGCUGGUACUUUUGUUUACAUUCCUCCUGGCUCCAAACUGCUGACUUGUUUUGAAGAUGGCGACACUGUCACCCAUUCAGACAAGUCCCUGAAGAGAAACCUGUCGUUCGUGUGGAAAGCACCCGAUCAGCCCAUUGGAGACAUCAGGUUCUUUUUAUCAGUCGUCCAGUCGUACUUUGUUUAUUGGGCAAGGAUUGAAUCUUCCACUGUGUCUCAACAAACACAAAACAGAACCACAGCUGAAAGUAAUGUAGCCCCCAGUGUAAUAAAGCCAACACCUCUUCAAAAGUCUACUGAUCUAAAAGGAGCAUUUGCUGCAGGGAAAGAAAGUUCCACUCCUGACACCAUCUUAACUCAGUUUGCAAAAUUUACACAUACUAGUCUGACUCGGAUUGCAGCCACAUUGAUUUUGGAUCCAUCUUACAGCGGACGACAAGUCUCUGAGCCUCCUGACAAUGGAAAUGUUCUGUCUGAAUCCCUUGCAGACUUGGUCACUUCACAUGCCAUCAGUCACAGUAGAGAAAGACAAGCUAAUGGAAGUGGCACAGUUGGUGAUCUCACACUGGAGCCAUCACUUCAGUUCCAGGAUCUCGGCUUCAUAGCACAACAUCAUUCCUCCAGCCACAGCAUGUACAACAGGAGAGAAAAUACUUCAAGCUUUUCUGUAUCACAGCUUUGUUCUACAUGUAAAAAAGGCAUGGAGGGGGUUCCUACACCUAACCCAGGCCUUAGCAAGUAUGUGCUACCCGUUACAGCUUCACCACUGGUCCACUUCCGGGAUCCUCUACGCCUCCCAGGCAUGGGAACAAUACCAAAGCAUUUAGGUAGUGAAGAGGACACAAGUGUCUAUCAAAGUUUAUCAGGAACUUCAAGGAAGAUGGCAGAGAAACAAGCUGCGACGUGGGAAGUUCCAGCAAACUUCCUGCCCCAGGCUGAACUUACAUCACAUGAGCAGGAGGGAAAGGGCAGAAAGGAUAUCCCUGGGAACACACUCCUGAAGGUAACAAGAGCCACACCCAAAGCUACUGUUUCUGGAGAAGGAGGAGGAAAGCCACACAAGGAGCUUGUAGUAGCUCAGCUGGGUGUUCUCCUUGGAUGCUCUGCUGUCCUCAGCAUGGUGCUGGCUGUUGGUCUACGUUGCAUCCAUUCCCAGUAUUGUCACAAGCGAACGGAAGUGUCCUUUAGUGAGCCAGAAAAUAAUGCCAUGGCACUUCAGGAGAAUGGGGAGAUGAUGCAUUUCAGAAAGAUACGAGAGAACAGCUUUGUUCUGGUACAGGCAGAAUACAACUGGAUCAGCCCAUCAGGCAGUGGGAAAAAAGCUGUUCUCUAGGGUGUCUACUAGCUCAUGGUGGUUGUUCUUCCUGUUAGAUGUCAGGUAGCUUCAUCUGUAGGCCUGAAGUAGAAAAUAAUAGCACAGGAAGUGGAGCAGUUGCAUAUAACCAUCUAAGCAAACCUAUUUUGUGUAGGCAUGAUUUUGUUGCAAUGCAGAUGUAUUAGCUACUUUGCAGAUAUUAUGCAGAUGUUUUACUUUCAGAUAUGAAAAUAUAAAGGUAUGUUUUGUUCAAAGUGUAACUUUUAAGGCAAUUAAUAUUGCAUACCUGCUCAUUAAAUUGGACUAUUGUUGCUAUUAUGUUUCCUUUGUUGCCUUAAGGUAGUGCCAGAAAUAGAAAUCCUUCCUCUGCCACUGUGUGUCACCUCCUAGUUCGUCUCUGCAGAAAAAGUUUCUGCUCUUGCGGUUCUUCUUUUCAAGUAAACAGAAGCCCUUUGCCCUCUUCUCACUUAGGUUGCGAUGCCUUUGGUUUGGUGUGUGAGAUUUCUCAAAUCAGUCAGAUGUUUGCCACUUGAGCUAACUUUCCUGUUUAGAAAAACAAAGCAGAGCAACACUGGCAGUUAAGAAAAUUGAUCCAUGGGAUGCAAACACUGACUGGCUGCAUUGUGAAUUGAUCUCCAGGAAGGAAACAAAGACACAGUAAAUGCCACCUUUUGGCAGAGGAACAUGGCCGCUCAUCAGGUGCAAAUGGAGAGAAAGCUUCUUCUAGCCAUUUGCACCUCGAUAUGCUGGCUUGUUUAAUCCUCACGGCUGGCAGUUGCUUUGUUUUCUACUUUAGGUCAGUUCAGCUAUUGGAACAAUUGGAACAAAGACCUCAGGUCAUCUCAGGAAACCCAAUGGAUGGCCCUAUUACAACUUUUGCAGCCUUUUAGCACUCUGACUGGAAAAACUUUCUUCAGAUUCAGGUUGUGCUGGAAUCAAGGCGGCCUGAGCAAUGGUUAGUCUGAGACCAAGUAGAAAUUCAGAGUUAAUUGGCAAAGGCUAUUUACUACUCUGAGUGCAAAUCCUUCUCUAAGCAUACCCAAAAGGUAUGCUCUGGGGAAUCUUAAAGUAUGUAGAAAUAUAUAUUAAGGGGUGGGGGGACCCUAGGGAAGGCAUGCUCAAUAACCAUGCAAUGCUGGGUGACGGUGGAAGUAGGUGGGGCAAGAGAACAGAAGAGCAGAGAAUUGGGAAAUUUAAUGGAGUAUCCUGGGAAUGGCUGGCUGGCCCUGAAGAGCAGCACUCUGAACUGCAACAUUGUUGCAACUCUCACUUUAAAAUCAUGUAUCUUUUUAAAAAAAUUGUCAUAGGAUAAGAUGCACUGGGCAUGCCUCUUCACUCCCAGAGCUUGCUAUGCAUUUAUUAUAAACAUGUUUAGGGAAGUAUUUAAUGUGUGACAUUUUUAUGUAUUUUUAAUCUUUGUUAUUAUUAAUAUCCCACCUUUCAUCCUCAAUAUGAAACACUCUGCAAAAAUAUUUUUUGAAAAGACUUCAAAACUCAAAACAUAUGCAAAAUAAAGUACAAGGCAGCAGGUAAUAACAGGGAAAUAGUAAGGGAAAAUAAAGGUGAUGACCAGGAAGAAACAAACAACUAAAACACCUCUCAAUCCCUUUUGGCAAUAGGUCAUAAAGGGUGUGUGACCACAUCUUCCCUGAAUUAUUUUCAGCUGCACAAUUAUGUGUUUCAGAUGAAUGGAUUCAGCUUAAAGAUGGAAAUGAACAAGUGCACUGAAAAAGGUUGAGAAAGUAUGAUGAAUUACUCAUUAAUUUUCAUUAGAAGCAAAAUACUGCAAAACCUUUCACUUGAAAAUAAUGCAGGCUAUCACGAAAAUCAUGGUAAGAAAAUAUGUGCAGCUGAAGUCAGUAAAAAGCUAUUACAGAAACAGAGAAGACUGCAAAAUGAAUGUUCUUCCUAGAAAGAUGAUCUGGGUCUGUCAACUAAGUCAUAGGAAAAGUGAUUAAUCUAGUCAUAUAUUAAGUGUCUUUUUUGUUAAAGAAUUGGGGUGUUUUCAAUUGAGCUUCCUUACUCUAGCUGCAUUUAACAAAAUAAAAACUUUGUGUAAUGCACAAUAGUUGGGCUGCUUAAUUUUAAAAGCUGCCUCUGUUCAGUACAUUGUUAAUGCAAUCCCUAAUUAACUGAGAAAAUGGGUCAACAAGCUGGUAAAUAUUUAAAGAACUAUCAGAUUUCAUUUAAAAAGUUUGCUAUGAUGGCUUAGCAGUUUAUGAAUAAAUUACAAAUUCUUAAGUCCUCCCGCACUAUUUCUGUCUGUCUAUGUUUAAUAACACUAGAUUGUUAUAGCUUAGGAUGUUUUUUAAACACACACACACACACACACACCCUUACCCUUGCCUAGUCCUAUCUUGUGUAGAGAAGGUUAAAUGUGCAACUUGAAGUGUACAUAGAUUAAUUGAUGGUACCAUAGUUUAUCUCUACUUGUGGUGGACAGCCAUAUUUUAGUAACCCGGGUGCCUCCCAGGACCAUUUGGCAAGGUGAGUUUAGUAAACAUGGAGCAAGAUGGCAGUGCGAGGUUACGCAAGUGAUAAAAUUUGCUCCCAGCUUUUGAUCAGUGAAUAUUCUUAACCCACUAACUGAGCAUUUUCUUGUUCCCUGUUUUGUGUGAACUAAAAAGAGAUCACAUACGGGUCAAAGUUCAACCCCCAGAUCAGGGCACUGUCUGAAGGUGCCUGAUGCAGCAACCUUGUUCUACUGAGCUGCUUAGGGUCUGAUUCUAAUCAGUGCCUGAGAACCCUAUGGAGACCUCUUUAAGAGCCCCAUGACAGAAAGGCAGGAUUAUAAGCUUAUUUAUUAUUUUUAAUGAACUUAAUUCAGUGGGUAAGGGUAAUCUUGCCAUCACAACCUCUAGUUCUUAACUCUAUGCCUCUAGGAAGAGAGCAAGAUUAUAUCUCACAAUGUUCCAAGGGUGAAGAAUACCAGUCAUGAAGCACUUUGUAAAUUAACAUUAGUAGUGAAGUUACUUACAUACCUAAAAACAAUUCUUGGUACCAUUUCUUUACCACGCAGUAGCAUGAACAAGCAGUGCAAACCAAGGUGCAAUUAUCCAAGGAUAAGCUCUAUAGGACAAAGACAAUGGACUGCAGGCGGCAACAUAGUUAAGAAGUGCAGAACCUUUUGUGCUUCCCUUCCUAUACUAGUGUCACCUGGAACUGGACAGGAGCUGCAUGGGGCUUCAUGCCACAGGUGGGUGUGAAAUUGUCCACCUCACACUCAUCCUGCUCUCACAUGCACACAGCCAAGCUCGUCAAAUGAUCUGAGCAAAUUGGUUGAGGAAAGGGAUCAUCAACCCCCUCUCUGCUCGUCACAUGGUUGAGAUGAUGAAUGGGAAGAGGCUGAUUCACAUCAUCAGCCCAACUCUGCCCACACCAAAGCUGUGUGUGUGUUAGUGCUAGUGUCACCAAAAGUAUUAGGGCUGAGGGUCAGAAAAAAUUGUGUGGGGGCCAGAUUAGCCACUCCUGCUUGAUCUUGUGGCCUUUUCCUUUCUCCCAUAUAAAUAUCUGUCGUUGCUGCAUAUGGGAAGAAUGACAAUGUAGAGCUUGUGGAUAAUGUAGUUGUGAGGCAAAUUGGGUCUUCUGCCUGGACUCUGUUUUCAGGGACACCACAGAGCACAUGGAAAUAUGUGUAGGCACUUCCCUCACCCAAUGAGGUUACAACAUAGCUGCCAAGUUUUCCCUUUUCUCGCGAGGAAGCCUAUUCAGCAUAAUGGAAUUUCCCUUAAAAAAAGGGAGAACUUGGCAGCUAUGGGUUACAAUUGGUAUUUCAUUAGGAAAAAAAUACCAAGCCAUGAGCCAUGUAAGUCAAGCAAACUAAGGAGUAAUGAAACACAAAGCCAAAAGUGGGCAUCUUUGGAAAAGAGGAGUGAUAAUUAAAAUUAGCAAUACUGAUCAAAUAUAGCAAUGGCAAGUCAGUCACUAUCAAUACUGUAUUAGCUAAUUAAAGCACACAUUACCUUUUUAGUACCAAAUGAAACUGUCACACGUAUGACCUUCACUACCAUUAGCAUGAGUGCCUAAUAUUAACAUACUGAGUGCUGGCCAAAAGCUUGACUACAUGGACUGAGCUUAUUUUGAUAGGGCAUGAGCCCAGUGCCAAUGUUAGAGCUUGGCAGAGGAUGAUGUGUGAGUUAUUCUUGGCAGCUACUGAGUAGCAAGUAAUUUAUACUUCUAAUGAAUGAUUCUAGAAGUAAUGAAACCUCAACCAUGCAAGACCCAAGUUCCAAGAAGCAGCUACUCAGAUCCUGGGCACCUUACAAUGUAUUCUGAUGAUCUCAAAAUAUCUAUUGCUAAGAAUAGCUUGAGGUGGCAGGGGACGACAAUAACACUUUUAUUUUGGACAAAUGCAGUCUUUUGUGUGCACUCAGCGUAGCUCUGUUGCAAAUGAGAAGGCAAUGCACUGGCUAUGUUUUGCUGAGGGCAUAGUGGUAUUGCUAGGCAUGAAAAUAUAGUUACAGAAUUGAUUAAAUACAAUGGCUUCUUUCCCACUCACUGCUUGAAAAUAAAUAUGAUUUUAUUACUAGAUUUACUAGUAUUAAGAGCACUACCACUGCUCUAAUAUAUUCUCUUUCACUCACUCACUCACUCACAUGACUUAGUAUUGACCCAAACUGAGGAAGAGAUGAUAUUCCAAAUACAAAUUUUUAUAGAACCAUAGAACUGUAGAGUUGGAAGGGACCUUGAGGGUUCUAUAGUCCAACCCCUACAAUAUUGCCCACAGUCUCUGGGUGGGCUCAAACCACAAACCUGGUUAACAGUUGUUUUUGUGAAACAUGAUACUCUCUUCAGCAACUGAGGUACAUAGUCCCACUUUCAGAGUGAAAACAGGAAGAGUUGUCCUAACUCUGAUUUUACUUCAGUGUGCUGUCACAUAGCCAAAUCAGAUUGAUUUUGUGGUGCCAUGGUAUCAUAACGCCGCCUAUAUGAUCCCUGAUUGGCCAGAAGACAUAACCAGCAAGUGGAGGAAACUCACCUUCUGAUUUAAAUUUUGCAUCAAAAGUAAGAAUGGUUGUGAACAGGGGUAAAAUAGCAUGGCACACCAAAAAAAUCCUUGCCCACAAAAAAAUUGGCCCAGCCUUAAUGCAACAACUACUCCCUGAUGGAGAUAAAGAUAUGCAGCAUAAAGCAGGCAUCCCCAAACUUCGGCCCUCCAGAUGUUUUAGACUACAAUUCCCAUCUUCCCUGACCACUGGUCCUGUUAGCUAGGGAUCAUGGGAGUUGUAGGCCAAAACAUCUGGAGGGCCGCAGUUUGGGGAUGCCUGGCAUAAAGGAAGCAAAUCAAACCAUACAAUAGCUGAAAUGCUAAUAAGCAAGAGAGCAGAGGAUGGGAAAUCAGAGCAAAAUAGGUAUGGAGAAAUCAAUAUGGUUUAUUGGCACUUGUUGGCAGGAGGAAUUGGUUUAGGUCUGGGAGAAACACAUGCAUAUGUAAAGCAUAGGUGGCAGGUAAAACAGAAGAAAGAAAUUAGAGGCAUUUGAACUGUGGUGCUGUAGAGU